AUGAGCACCAACAACAGCUCGCCCCAAACAGGCGAAAGCUUCAACAACAAUGCCUCCCAAGGCGCUUCUCAAACAGACCUACAAGGCCACAAUCCCGCGAUCGCAAAGUACAGCAAGCUCCAGCUGCACCCGGACAGCAUCGUGAAACCCGAUCUCUUCACACUCUACUUCGGCUUCUUCGGGACACGCAUCUGGAAAAACCGGGUAGCCAACACGAUAACCGACCGCGUCGAAAACCACUACGUUUUAACGGGCCGAGCCCCCACCCAAGCCGAGCUAGACGCCCACGUUGAGCACGGCACCCGAUCCCUCUACUACGCCCGAACCGGUGUUCCGGUAGGCUCGUUCCUUGGUACAGCGCUGCUGUACAGACAAGCAAGGAAAUCCCCGCAUUUCCCGCAGAACCCCACACCGGCCAAUAUGCUGGCGGCGCUGCGCGGCGCGAUGACUGCUAGCACGGCGGGGUCGAUUCUUGGGCCGGCUGUGUUUAGGGUGCUUUUUCUUGUUACGCUCGGUGGUAUGAUGUCGAGUUUCUCGGCCUCGGCUUACAGUGCUAUGCGGACGUUGUCGGAUCCGCGGUUGAAGGGGUUCCUUGCGGAAAUGCGAGGGAGGGAUCCGGAUGAUGUGCGCAAGCGGAAGAUGCAGGCGGCUUCGGAGCGGCUUCGGUAUAUGCGUCGUGGGGAGCAGGAUAUUGGGACGCAGAUGCGGAAGGGGAUGGGGGGUUCUGAUGGGUUUGCUGGGGAUAGUGGGUAUGAGCAGGAACUGGAUGUGCAGCCUCCGAAUUCUUAUUCGGAAUAUGAGGGGAGUGGUGGGGGUGCUGCUGGGCAAUAUGGUGCGGAUGAGUCGCAAAUGAGGAAGGAGGCUGCGGGUGCUGUCUGGGCUCGUGGCAGGGGUGCGCAACCUGAACAGAAGUCGUCAUUGGAUUUCUUGGAUGAGGAUGAUGCGAGCCCUACUGCUGCUGAAUACCGGGAUACCAAUAUCGAUGGGUCGUCGAGUGGUAGUGCUUGGGACAGGCUCAGACAGCAGAAUUCAGGUGGCCGCUUCCAGCCGAGACAGCCUGGUGUGCCAUCGCAUCCUUACGCUGGGGUUUAUGCCCGGGGGAAGCAAGACCGGGAUGACUCCAAUGGUGGGAGUGAGAGGAACAGUGCGCAGGCGGAAUUCGAUCGGUUGAUUGAUUCGGAGAGGAAUGCUGGUAAUGGAGGUUCUCAAAGCCGAGGUUGGGGAUCUUGA